AUGAGGUCUCAUUUUGGCUGCUUACUUUUUUUUUUCAGAACCAAUACCAGGGCAGUACUUCUACACCUCAAAAUGAUGAUGGGUUUGCUGGCAUUUGAGAACAACCAGGGGCUCUGGAAUGGCGGAUAUUAUUCACAGUUUUUUGGAAUUGGAGGAGUUAUGGUGACUGUUGCAAUUCUUUGGUUAUCUACGGGUUAUUUUGGAGGAAUUGGUGCUCCUUUUGCUCCAUACUUUUGGCCAUAUUUAGGACAAGUCCCCAAGAAGAAGGAACGGCAAAGGCCCGUGAGAGUCUACAUGGAUGGAUGCUUUGACCUCAUGCACUAUGGCCACGCAAACGCGUUGCGACAGGCCAAGUUGCUGGGAGAUCAACUGGUAGUGGGCGUUGUCAGUGACGAGGAGAUUGUGGCGAAUAAGGGCCCGCCUGUGCUUUCGAUGGAAGAGAGGUUGACGCUUGUUAGUGGAUUAAAGUGGGUGGAUGAAGUCAUACCCAAUGCACCCUAUGAGAUUACGGAGGAAUUUAUGAAUACCCUCUUCAGUAAAUACAACAUUGAUUACAUUAUACAUGGAGAUGACCCUUGUCUUCUACCUGAUGGAACGGAUGCUUAUGCCUUAGCAAAGAAGGCUGGACGAUACAAGCAAAUCAGGCGUACUGAAGGUGUCUCAAGCACCGAUAUAGUCGGGAGAAUAUUGCAAACAUUCAAGCAUAAAGAGGGUGUUAGUGAGAAUGCUGGAGUGGAAUCAUGCGAUCAGAUGAAAACCCAGCUAUCCAAUUUUCUUCCAACUUCCCGCCGGAUAAUGCAGUUUUCAAAUGGGCAGGCUCCUUCACCAGGUGCUCGUGUUGUUUAUAUAGAUGGUGCAUUUGACCUUUUCCAUGCUGGUCAUGUUGAGAUCCUUAGAAGUGCUAGGCAACUUGGUGACUUCCUUCUUGUCGGUGUUCAUGAUGACCAGUCCAUCAGGGAAAAAAGAGGCUAUCCUCCUAUCAUGCACCUCCAUGAGCGUACCCUUGGUGUACUUGCCUGUCGCUAUGUUGACGAAGUUAUAAUAGGCGCACCAUUGGAGGUUUCAAGGGAUAUGAUCACUACAUUCAACAUUUCAUUGGUUGUGCAUGGGACAGUAGUCGAGGGUGGUUCUGCUAGUGAAGUUGAUCCGUACGCCCUUCCAAAGAGCAUGGGUAUUUUCCAAGUAGUCACAAGCCCCAAAACAAUAACAUCUGUUUCGGUCGCUACAAGAAUAAUUGAUAACCACGAAGCGUACAAGAAAAGAAACUUGAAAAAGAAGGCGAGUGAAGACAAGUACUACACGCAAAAGAAAUUUGUCUACGGAGACUAA